AUGGAUGAGAAUUCUGGGACCAACAAAUGUCCAUGUCCAUCUUGUCCGAAGUCUUUUCCUACUCCUGAAAAAUUAAAGAGACAUGCCGAAAUUCAUACCAGAGUUCGCAAACAUAAAUGUCUGGAGGAGGGAUGUGAGAAAAGUUUUUUUACUAAUUCAACUUUAAAACAACACAUGUUAAUUCAUUCUAACGAGAAACCAUAUACUUGUGAAUGUAGUAUUUGUGGAGAAAUAUUCGGGUAUAGAGGAUCUCUGAAAGCUCACACUAAGAAACAUAAUGGAGAAGGUUUUACACAGUGUGAUAUUUGUGGACGAGAGUUCAAUGAUAGGAAGAAUUUAAAAUCACAUUUACGAACUCAUUCUGAUUUAAAACCAUACCAAUGUCCUCAUUGUAAUUAUACAUGUAAACACAGUAGCGCCAUGUUAAAUCAUGUUCGUAGACAUACUGGAGUCAGACCUCAUAUUUGUGAUGUUUGUGGUAAAUCAUUUAUCUCAGCUUCAGAAAUGAAACGUCAUACUUUAAUACACACUGGAGAUAAACCAUUUAACUGUAAUAUAUGUGAAUGUGGUAAUAGUUAUAUAUCACAAAGUCUUUUAAAAAAACACAAAAUAAAACAUACAGGACAACGCCCGUUUAAAUGUUCACAUUGUGAUAAACGUUUCUUAGAGAAAGGGCAGAAAGUACGUCAUGAAAAACUACAUACUGGUAUUCGUUCCUUCGUUUGUGAAUCAUGUGGUUUCGCGUUCAGUGAAAAAGGAAAUUUAGAGAAACAUAUAGCCAGUGUUCAUCGUAGAGAAAAACAUUUCGCCUGUGACGUCUGUCAGAAAAUGUUUUUCAGAAUGGAUACCCUAAAAAAACAUCAGUUGAUGCACACUGGAGAGAAACCUCAC